UUCCAAUUUAAGCAGGGUUGGCGGUGCAUCAUGGGAAAUAAACCAACAUGGGGACCUGAUCCAAGUACCAAACCACCAUGCAGUGCCUGCACAGUUUUUGAUUAAGGAAAACGAACAAUGAUUAUCAUCAUAACCUCAUGCUAAAGAGAAGCGGUUAAAAAGUUACAGGACUAAACAGCUGAACUUGACGGCGCCUAUCAAUCUAUGGUCCGGGAGAAUGUGAUUGUUUAGUCCGGCGCCGCGCUCGUAUGUGUGCCUACUGCUUCACAAAGCGCCAUCGGGGAAGUGCAUCACUCCCAGCCUUCGACGGAUGAUGGACCGGAAUUACCCGAAUUCCAGUUUCGCAGACCCGCUGGCCCCGCCAGCACAGACCGUAGCCUGGGCCUAUGAGCGGAGCACCGCAAGCAUAAAGCCAAGUGCGAGUUAUGGUGCCACGCACCUGGAGUCAGAGCUCCUCCAUCGGCAGACCUACGCCUGCACCCAGCUGCCCACCUACACCACUACCCAUCACCCUACAGGUCUGUCGGGGGGGUUUGACUCAGGCACUAACACUACGGAGACCUCUGUCAUGAACUUCCUGUCGGCCAUGGAGUCUAGAGCCCUGCAGCAGGCUGGUCCUGUCGGGGCCUCUCUGCUCCCCCCCUUUAGGACCACCACGUGGCAGACCGGCGCUAACCCCACCACAGAGCUGUUCCUCACCGGUGCCCUGCCUACCAGCGCCACAUUCCCCUACCCUGCCCCCCUCUCCUCUUAUCAGCACCCUGGUGCCUUCCCCUCGCGGAGCUACGCCACCACCCCCUCCCUGGCCCUCCAGGACCACGCCUUCAGCACCUCCACCAACGGCCUGCUCUCCUCCCACCUUGACCCCCUGCUGCAGCUUAAACCCAGCCAGGCCACGCUACCUACCUCCCUGGCCUUCGACCGCCUCCCCACCCCCUCCCUGGGCGCCGCCCUCCCUCCCCAGUCAUCCACAUAUCGCUCGGCCCAGGAGUCGGCCCCCCACCUCCUGCAGCCCCAGUUUGGGCUACUGCCCUUGGCUACCCAGUUAGCCCCCCAGCCUUACGUGGUGCCCGUCUUCUCGGGCUCCAUCGAGAGAGCACUUCAGCGGGAAUGUAGUGUGAUCAAGCACCACCAGAGGCCUUCUAGCAGCAGCCACGCUGUCUCGGAGCAGCUGCCUGGCUUGCAGCAUUCCCUACAGGGCUACCUCGGCUCAGGCAGCGGGGAGGUGGAUGGCUCCUUCCAGCAGGACCCCUCGAGGCAGACCCCAGUGCCCUGCAGCACCUCCAUGGGGACGGACUCCUCUCAGGGGGUCAACGGCGCGCAGCAGCCCAAGACGGGUGUGCAAUCUCAGGCCUACCCCUCCUCCAUCCCCUCUCCCUCUGGGUACUGCUCGUCCUCCACGGGUGCCAAGACUAAAGACUGUUCUUCCAAACUAGCCCCAGAUGGCGGACAGGGUCACCCCCAGUCACAGGGUGAAUCUCCAGAGAGCUACCCCUCCCCAGGCCAGGGGCCAGGGCUGAAGCAUGGUUCGGUGAUUGCCAGCCAACAGACUCAGCCGUACACAUCGGCCCCGCUGCCCAGUCUGCUGUCCACUCUCAGCCACUCUCAGAGUUACAUCACCUCCCAGGCUUACUCCUCUUCCUCCUCAGACCUCCUCAGGCCUUCCCUCUAUAAGACUCUGCCCUCCUUCUCUGGCCAUUCAGGCAAUGUAGCGUCUGUCAGUCAGUCCCUGGUCUACUGCUCCAGCUCUGGGCAGAGCCAGGAGGAUGUGGGCCAGUAUGGAGCCCAGGUUCAGGGCCUGUGUCUGGGCAACCCCUCUCAGAGCUCCCCCGCCAGCCACUCUCAGGGUGCCCCUAACGUGAGCUACCUGUCUCAGGGGCAGGCUUCGGUCACUCAGUCUCAGAGCUACGCCACAGGACAAUCCCUCAGCGCCCCCUACCCCUCCGCCAGCGCCCAGAGGUUACCCACAUCAAUAUCAGGCCAGGGCUACACCCCCUUCUCUUCAGCCUCUCCCCUCGGCUUCCAGAACAACUGCAGGUCCUCAGUACAGGACGUAAAGCCAGCCUACUGCAAACUGGAACUGGAAGGAGAGAUCCCCAUCGAGGACCUCCAGGCUCUCCAGCAGGUCUCUUUAGAAACCUCCAGCCUGGGGGGCAGUGACAAUGUGGUCUACGUAGUCUCCAAAAUGGAUGACCGUUACAACACUCAGAGUGUGAUCCGGAGCAACUCGCGAGCCGAAGACCAGCUCAUGGGCCCAAAGACUAGAACCAACGCCCAGCUCAUGUCUUCCCAUGAGGAGCUGAAACAGCACUCGCUCCUGCUCAAAGGGCCCGAGCCACGGCAACAAAAUCACCAGGCCAACGCCCAGUCUGCCCUGACCAACACCCAGAACCAGUACAUCAGGGUCCCCAACUCUCAGGGUCUACUGGAGCCUAAUCGGGACCAGCAGAUGGUCCUGAUCCAGCAGCCUCUCAUCCACUGUGGUCUCAACCCUUCCAAGGUGCAGCUGACCCCUGGGUCAGGCCAGGUCCCGGUCCAGUACCUUCACAUGGAUGGAGAUCAUCUGAUCAGUGUUAGCCUCAAUGGCAGCCAGAGCCAGCCUGGGGCAGUGGGACAGAACACCAUCACGGACUCCUCCAUACUGCACCUCUCUUCGCCUAAAGACCCUUACAGCCAGUUGACCAAUCAGCAGCAGUCGCAGGACGCCAAGCACCAUUUCGCCCUGAGCUCCAUCUGCUUCCCAGAGUCCAUGCUGCUGGCGGACGAGAGGAACAUCCUGUCCAACGUGGACGACAUCCUGGCUGCCACGGCAGCCGCAUGCGGUGUCACGCCGCAGGACUUUGUCAAAGCCACGUCCGGCGCCGCUGAGGGCGACAUGGCCGACCCCAAGGGUCAUUUUCAGACUGGGAACACCAGACACCAGUCACCUCGUUUCUCCGUUUCAUCUUCCCAGACCUCCAUCAUCACCAACACUAACUCCCAUAACACCAUGACCCCGACACUCAAUGGCUCUCCUAUGACCUCAGACGGACACCAGUUCCCUAAAGGGGAGGGGCAUCUGGGGCAACAGUACUCAAUGUCACACUCACACACCACUGUAGUCAACCCCAGGCACGACAUGGGCGCCGACAAUGGUUUGCUACGGAAGCCCGGAGACGAGCCAGACAACAUUUCGCCCAGAGGACAGUCUGUUUACCCUAGCAACAGAGCCGAUGGCAACCCCAACGGAGGCCACUCUGAGAAUGAGUACCACCUGGCUGGCCUGGGGUACGACCCCUCAGGGAACCUCAACAGAGGCAAGGCCAAUAAGCAGAACCCCAAAGGGCCCAAAGUCAUCAAGAGAGAAGACGGCCUUGACGAGUGUCCCUCUGACGGUUUUGUCAACCCCAAAAAGAGGGUCCGCUCCAAGGCUUCGGCCAAGCCACCCGUUCCAGAGGAAGAGAACAUCCAACAAAGGAAAAAGACAGUCCAGGCCAAGAGGCAGAACUCCCGGGGCAGCGACCCCACCAGCUCCCCGUCCACCUCGGAGGCGGUCUACGACAGCUACCAGCAGCAGGAGAGGAUGAGGCAGAAGAUCCGUGAGGUGGAGGAGCAACAGCCAGAGGUCAAAACAGGCUUCAUCGGCUCCUUUCUGGACUUCCUCAAGUCAGGUCCCAAACAGCCCUUCUCCUCGCCCCCCGUACGGACCCCCAGUCGCUCCCGCAAGCCCUCGGCUUCGUCCAAGCGGCCCCUGUGCGCCAUACCGCCUCUACCUCUGAAAAUACAACCUCCAUCAGCCCCAUUGAUAGGCGAUGAUGGCCUUGGGGUUGCGGGGAGCUCUCAGCAGCAGCAGAGGCGUCUGGAGGAAGGGUUCCAGAAGAACCUGGAGACACUGCCAUCGUUCAGCUCGGACGAGGAUGAGAGCAGCGCUGGAAAGAACCAGGCCCUCCAGAACAGCAUCAGCUCAGCCCUGUCGGCCCUGGACGAGCCCUCAGACAGGACACACAAAGCUGACGACAGACUUUCCAACUCUCUCCUGAAGCCAGACCAGGCUCCCAGCAUGCCUCACUCAGCCUCCAAAGCCCAGGAGCAGCAGACGGCUGCACCGAAGGAGUCCUCGACAACCGGCUCGUCGUCAUCGGUGACUGGGUCGUCGGGGCAGGAGGGGACGAAGCCGGCGCCCCCAGGCCAGCUGGCCGUCCAGCUGACCAGCGUGGCCAUAGAAGGACUGACGGACGAAGAACUGUCGGACAGUGGGGGAGAGGGCAUGUACCGCGAGAGGGACGAGUUUGUGGUCAAAAACGAGGACACAGGGAGCCUGAAGGUGACAUUGACAGCUGGACAGGAACCGCCAGCCAUCUGGAAGGUCCAGAAAGCUCUGCUGCAGAAGUUUGUCCCUGAGCUGAGGGACAGCAAGAGAGUGUUCUCAGCCACUAACAGUUAUCUGGGCUACUUUGGUGACGCUAAGACCAUGUACAGGAGGGUGUAUGUCAAGUUCCUGGACACGGUCAACAAGAAGGAGUACGUCCGUGUCUGCAACCGCAAACCACGCUGCAAGCCCAUGUCCUCCAUGAGAGGCUCUCAGGCGAAGACACUGCUCGGUCUGAAGACUCCUCCCCGCUCAGUGAACUCUGACCCUCUCGCCACGCCCACAUCACAGAAGUCCCAGUCCAAGCCUCGCACCAAGCAGCCCAAGACCAAGGCAGAGCCCCCGCCCAAGAAGAGGAGGAAGUGGAAGGAGGAGUCCUCUCCGACUCCCUCCGAGUCCUCUCCUGAGGAUGAGGCUGAAGAUGAUGAGUUCCCUCCUCCAUUGCCGUUUUCCUCUCGGUUCCUCAACACCAGGACCAUGAAGGAGACAUUUAAGAGCUUUGUAGAGCUGCUGAUCAGCGUUGUCCUGGAUGCAGACAUGAUGAGCGCUCUGGAGAGGGAGAACGAUGAGCUGUUGCUGCCCCACAUGAAGAGAGUGGACGGGAUGAUCUGGGAUAACAGGAGACGCCUGCUGCCCAGACUACGAGUGGGACAACUCUUUAAGACGGCGCUGGACAGCUUCCCAGAGAUCUCGGUGGUAACAGAGCUCAAGAAGGACGGGGAGACCCCAGCCUUUAAGGUGCGGCUCAGUGGGAAGGCCUACAACAGGAAGAACAUGAAGCCUUCCAAGUCCCCCAGCAAACUGCCCCUGGAAUACACAGUGGACCAGCAGAAACCACAGUGGUUCUCCCUCUACCAUUCUCUACAGCAUUACAAGUACCACACAUACCUCAUGUGUAAGGAUGAGAUUGCGUCAUUGCGGGUACAGGCUGGGGACAUGGGGCAGGAGGAGACGGUGCAGCUGUGCAUGAGGAACGGAGCCUGGGUGGAGGGCCUGUUCGACCGCUUCGGAGAGCUCCUCAACCAGGUGCAGCAGGCUUGCCUAUAGCACAGACUAAGAGGGAGAGAGCGAGAGCUGGAGGGAGAGAGGCCUGCCUAUAGCACGGACAGAGAGAUGGAGGGAGAGCGAGGCCUGCCUAUAGCAUGGACGGAGAGAGACAGAGUGAAGGACAGAAAGGGGGAGGUCUGCCUAAAACAGAGACUGAGAGAUGGGGUGGGGUCUAUAGUGAAGAGAGAGAGAGAGAGCGAGAUGUCUUCCUACAGCCCAGAGAGAUGGAAUAAGAGGCCUGCCUAUAGCCUGCACAGACAAGAGCGGCAGGGGAGUAGUCAGCUGACAGAGAGCAUCAACCUCCGGCCCUCCUGUUUUAAUGUACUAACUGGAUGACCAGAGGAAGCAGAGGUGUCUGGAGAUCAGCGCUGUCACCGUGAUGAGAAGAGGAGGGUCCAGCAUUUCAGCACUUCCUGAUUGGCUAGACACUUCUGAAACCACAGAGUAGGAGGAGAAUCUGGGUUUUGUAGUAAAAAUAAUAUACAUAUAACUAACUAGCAAACUGCUAGUGGACCUUUUCAUAGACUUAUUUUUCUUAUGUAGUUUUGUAUUUGUUUUGCAAACAUGAAAGAUCGCAACCAAUGAGCAUGCACUAGAUAGGCAGAAAUUAGCAUAGGAAAUAGAGGACAGCCAAUCAGAAAGCAGACCUUUGACUACCUACAGCAAACUUUUGGGUUCGAUUCAAUCGAUUACGCUGAAGAUCAGUGAUGUGGCGCAAUUUUUAAGGUAAAUACUGAUUGAGCUGACACAUGCAGAGUUUACAGUGAAUGCAGUCUCCGCGAACACGGGAACAUCGCUUUUACAUUUCUAUCGUGCUGAGAUCUUCAGCACUACAGAUUGAAUCAAGUCCUUAGUCAGAUAUUUGAUGAGUAAAUAAAGGGGCAGGGGUUAUUAUAUAAAUUUAUAUUCAUAGAUAUAUAUGUAAAACAUGUUUUCUCACAAUGGAUCGCCAAAUUUAUAUACAUAUAAUGUACAUUUUGUAAAAAGAGCCGUUUUGUCACAUUGAUUCUUUCCAGGAAGAAUUUUAUAUAAUAUAGAUACUAACCUUUUGUGCUUCAAAAAGUCAUUUUCUCAUGAGUUGUGGAUCCGAACAGAGUUGGUGCACUUCUAACACUGCUUUUUGUCUUUUAUUCUAAUGAAAUGCUUUUACCUUAACUGCUGUAUCUGAGGUAAAAUAAGAAUAAGAAAAGCCUUUAUACUUGUGUUUUUCUUUACAAAUGUACAUUUUAUCUCACUUAUAGAUGUAUUUUUCACAGAAGAAAAUGAUGGGCAUAAUUGUUUCUUGUUCAUUACACCUUGCAAUGCACUUUUCAUUGUUUUUCAGAGAAGAUUCCUUAUGCGUUUAUUUCGAUUACAUAUUGUAUACUUAUAUAUAUAUAUAUAUCUCAAAGGUCUAAUGCAGCUGUUUUGUCUCAAUAUCAAAUCAUUUCUGGGUAACAGUUAAGUACCUUACUGUGAUUAUUUUCAAUUAAAAUGGUCAAAAUGAAAUCAAUGGCUUCUUAGCAAAGAGCAAUUUAUCAAUCAAGAAUGUUCCUAGGACUGUCUGGGAGUGAUCUGAGUGGGGAAGGGAAAACUGAAAACUAGCUGUUAUUGGCAGAGAGGUUUGGAACUUUGUGUAACCUAGGUUCAGUAAGAAUGAGUCUUGGUCUUUUGAGCAGGUCAAAUCUCCAUCCCACCAAAACAGUCAGAAAUUUCAGGCAGUCUUUUCAAACAGCUCUUACACUAAAAGGGCAUUAUAAUCAUUUUCACAAUUUCACAGUAUUAUUUCAACCUCUGUGGAAAUAUAUAUAACACAGAAAAAUCCCAUUUUUGACUGCACUGGGCUUUUUAAGAUCAUUUUUCUUUAAGGGUUUGUCUCCAUUUUGAACAGAUUUAUGCAGACCACAUUUAAAUCGUUUUUUUCUUUUCAAGUGUAGCUGUGUUAGACACCGAUUUAUUUUUCUGAUGUGAAAAUACAUUUCCUACUAAACAUGGACAUUGAAAUGGUUUAA